CUGGGGAACUUUGGAAUUCCAGGAACUACCCUGGAAUGAAAUUAUUUGAGCAGAUUGUUUUUAGAUGCCACUGAUUAAAUAAAAGAAUAAAAUAAGCUGAGACAUAAACGGAGAGACUCUGAGGAGAAAUAAUAUCAGAUCCUCCUUCUAAGCUCUCCACAAAGAAAAGGGGGAAAAAAAGAGAGAGAUGGGGUUGUCUUUUACAAAGCUCUUCAGCCGGCUUUUCGCCAAGAAGGAGAUGCGUAUUUUAAUGGUGGGUCUUGAUGCAGCUGGUAAAACCACUAUUUUAUACAAGCUCAAGCUCGGUGAAAUCGUCACCACUAUCCCAACCAUCGGAUUCAAUGUCGAGACAGUGGAAUACAAGAACAUCAGCUUCACUGUUUGGGAUGUCGGUGGCCAAGACAAGAUCCGUCCUUUGUGGAGGCACUAUUUCCAAAACACUCAAGGUCUCAUUUUCGUGGUGGAUAGCAAUGACAGGGACCGUGUUGUUGAAGCAAGGGAUGAACUGCACAGGAUGUUGAAUGAGGAUGAAUUGAGAGAUGCCGUUUUGCUCGUAUUUGCCAACAAACAAGAUCUUCCCAAUGCAAUGAAUGCUGCUGAAAUAACUGAUAAGCUUGGUCUUCAUUCUCUCCGCCAGCGCCACUGGUAUAUCCAGAGUACAUGUGCAACUUCUGGAGAAGGCCUUUACGAGGGACUCGAUUGGCUUUCCAACAACAUUGCUAGCAAGGCAUGAGGGAGGAUGGGUGUUUGAUUGUUAGCUCAACUCUGGCCAGGAUAGCUUCCUCUGCUAUACCGAAACUUUUUCGUAACGACGGAAUGUUUAUUAGAUAUGAUAUUGCGAUAUGCGCUUUGUUUAACCUCAACUAUACCCGUGACUUUCGGAAAUGGGAGUGAAAAUAUUUCGACUGAA